AUGUCCACGACUGCUCGCGUGCUCGAGGACUUCGUCAACGAUUACAUCGUGCCCACGCAGGGGUCACCGGACUUCAAGUCUCGGGAGUGGACGAGCUCUCUAGGCUACGCCUGGGCAUGCACCUCGGCAGUGACCCGUGCUGGGCGACAUGCCUGCGAUAGAUACGACUGCUCUCGGCAGACAAUGACGCGCUUCGGACACAAAUUCAUGACCUUCGCUGCUGCCUCGACCAUGCCCUUGAUUUCUGAACCGAGAACAACGAAGCGCUGCGACAGCAAGCUCGUGAUCUCCAUUGCUGUCUCGAUCAAUUCAGAAAGACCCUCGUCUCUAAGGACGAGCCCUGCCCCUAAGAGCACCGAGAUGUGCCCGACUUCCGAGGACAAGGCGGCGUACCCGACGAUGGUAUGGCCAUUGUACCAGUCCUGCGACGGGCCUUGCCUAUCCGAAUCCGAUGUCUCCGCCGUGGACGCCCUGACCGAUAACGAGGUUGUCUAUACGGACGAGGUUGACAAAUAG